CAUCAACUCGUCAGUUGCCGCUCUGCACCAGGAGAGUGGAUUUCUGACUGACUGAAAACUGAAAUCUUUCCUGCAUCUUCAAAAAUCCUAAACUUGGAUCAGGACGGAUGGAGGCAGAAGUCUGCAAUUCUGGCAUAUCUAUGGAUUCAGGUAACCCUUUGCUAAGAGCUGUUUUCCUCAGAAGGCUGAGGCUCACAAGACUGCUCUUAGAGGGCGGGGCUUACAUCAACGAGAGUGACAGCCAAGGACAGACCCCCCUAAUGGUGGCAUGUAGGACUAAGCAUACUGACGCCCAGAGUGCCAGUCGGACUAAGCUGAUCCAGUUUCUUCUGGAGAGAGGGGCAGAUCCUAACAUUCAGGAUAAGGACGGACGCUCUGCGCUGAUGCACGCCUGCCGGGAGCAGGCCGGCCCUGAGGUGGUAUCUCUGCUUCUUUCCGGUGGGGCAGACAUCAGCUUAGAGGACCAGUCUGGGACAUCAGCGCUGGUUUAUGCAGUCAUGGCUGAAGACUUGAAGGUGCUCAAACUUCUGCUCGACACAUGCAAGGCAAAGGGGAAGGAGGUGAUCAUUAUUACCACAGAUACAUUUCCGAAUGGAAACCUGUCAGCUAAGCAGUGCCUCAGCAUGCCUGCUGCUGAUGCUGUUGAAGAGAUGGAUCCAAUUACAGAAGCAGCUCCAGCGUCUCCCUCUGAGAUCCAACUAAUCACCUCCCCUCAGAGCACUUCAUCAUCUCUGUGUCCCCCAAAGCAAGUGUUUUCUUUUAAAGAAGGGCAAAUCUGUGGUGCAAACUCUCAUCCAUGCUCGCCCUCACGGUUUCGAGGACCCGGACAAGCGGUGCCCAGUGGACUACAGCAACCUCUACAGAGACUGAACUCUGAGCCCUGGUUAAAGAUCCCCGAAUCUCUGCUCACUGAUCAGCGCCAGGCAUCUUCUAACCAGGCUGAAGAUGUUUCUUUUAGAGUUCCCAACCUGGAGAAGGGCAGCAGCAAUAACCCCAAAAACUUCAGUUAUUAUGAAAGAAGGUUAGCAAAGGAUAGAAGCAUAGACUAUGGCAAGAGUGGCUAUAAUGAGCACGAAGGGCACAUGAUGUCUUUAUCAGGUCUGUUCUCAUCCCACUUUGCCUCUCAUCCCAACCUGCACUCUGAAAUUCACGGUUCAGACCCAGCCGCAUGCUCUUCAACCCUCUGUAGUAGCAGCAACCUUGGUGCAACCUUUCAUAGCAUGGCCUCAUCGAGCCUUAAUAAUGUCAUCCAGACGAAGAAGCUUAGUGCAGACAUCUAUGGCUCUGACCCACAGCUAGCUGUGGAUAAUAGACAUAUUUUAGAAGAACACAGAGAAAGGGCCUCAUUAGACGGCAAGAAACUGGCCCCACUGCGUUGCUCAACCACAAUGGGCUCCAGAGAAUCUCUAAAAGGCAUCAACAAAAGAGUUUUCUCUCUGUAUGAGCGCAGAGGCUCUGGGACGUUCCUGCUGGACCACAGCAAUCAGGCCAGGCCUAGAUCUCUGCCACCACUAACCAAAAACCCCACCUUUAAUCUUUCCAAUAACAGUUCAAGCAAUGGGAGCAGCUUCUCUGAAAAAGAGCUGGGUGAGAAAGGUUUCCUUCCCUGCGCUCCCCCAGGACACCCCAAGGAACCGACGAGAAGAAUACUGAUGAGGAGACAUUCGAUGCAGACCGAACAGUUCAAAAGCACGGCCUGAAAAUGACUGACGGCGAAAGAGGAUGUUCACUGUGUUCAAUGUAACUUCUGU